AUGAACUCGCGUAACGACGAUGCGUUUUGGUCUACAGGUGGUGUCCAUAGAGAUGGUGAGAAGACCUUGGAUGUGUCAGCUGAUCUCACCGAGCUGGGACGGAGUAAGACACUUGUUGUAUGCAGUGGAGUGAAAUCUAUUUUGGAUAUUGGAAGAACUCUUGAAUAUUUGGAAACGCAAGGUGUAACUGUGUGUGUUUUUGGUGAGUCCAAGCAGUUCCCAGCUUUCUACACACGACGCUCAGGCUUCGAAGCCCCAUACAACGUUGUUAAUGCAAAGCACGCAGCAAGUGUGUUAAAUGCUGCGAGGUCCAUACAUCUCUCUUCUGGCAUUGUUGUUGCUGUGCCCGUUCCUGAAGAACGCGCGAUGGACGAAAAGAAAAUAGAGACAGCAAUAUCAAAUGCAUUAAAAAAUGCAAUUGAAAAGGGCGUUCGUGGAAAAGAGAUAACACCAUUUCUCCUGGCUGCGGUGUCUGAAGCAACGGGUGGUGCCUCAUUAGAUACAAAUAUCGCCUUAAUAAAGAACAACGCUAAAGUGGGCGCUGACAUCUCCAUACACUACCAGAAAUUGAGAAUCAACGCUCCAAUUCAAUCGCGGGGGCUCCACACGUCGUGUCGUCGCAUGAGUGAUGUGCUGGUGAUUGGGGGCGCGAAUGUGGACAGGACCUACAGAAUUACGGAGGAGAAGAUACAGAGCCAUGUCCUGUCGAAGGAGAUCAUCAUGCCUACUUUAAUUAUGAAUGCUGCACUUUUGAACCUUGACUUAACCACCAAACUUGUGUUCGGUGGAAAUUUAAAUGAUUUAAUUUGA